GACUUAAAACUACUGCGAGGGAACAGGGAGAGAUUUUUUUUUUUUUUUAACAAUUUCUGCGUCCUCACAUGAUUUAGAGGCUUCCUCCUUUUUGCCCAGUGUGAGGGUAAGAUUGUUGAAUUCAUGGACUGACAGUGUGGAUUUAAAAAGUUGGACUGGUUCACUUUGAGGAACAUGGAAAGAGUCAGCGAUCAGACGUCGUUAUGUCAGUGAAGUAGAAUUGUUGCAGAUCUUUCUCCUGGUUGAGGAAAGUUCAACAUUCUGUUCAGCUGCUGGUGAUAAGUUGCUCCAACAGAAAUGAUUUGCUGCUUGUCUCUUUUUGUCGUCGUCAGCCUCUUUGUGUCUCAGUGUCACGGCGGCUGUGCGGAGGUGGACUCUCUGACCGAGGCCGUGGCAGGAGACAGAUUCCUGCUGGGCUGCAUCUCCUGUAAGAGGAGAGAGGAGGUCUCUGCCCGAGCCACCGUGGACUGGCACUUCAAACCAGUGGAAGAGGAGGAGUUCAGGCAUAUUUUCCACUAUGACCACCCCAGUGCUGAGAUCCUGCACGAGGAUUUCAGCGAGCGUCUCGAGUGGCAUGGGACCCAAAACAGUGAUAUUCAGACAGGAGCCAUUUACCUUCACAACGUCACCUUCAACGACACGGGGACGUACCGCUGCACCUUCCACCGCACCCUCUUCCUGGCGAUCUCUGACGAGCAGGUCGUCGUGGAGAAGGAGGUGGAGCUCAGCGUGGUGGCUGUGGCCAAUCGGGAGCUGACGUCAGUGGUCGCAGAGAUAAUGAUGUAUGUGCUGAUCCUGGUUCUGCAGCUGUGGCUCAUUGUGGUUCUGGUCUACUGCUACAAGAAGAUUUCAGCUGAGCACGAGGCUCGGGAGGCCCGUAAGGCUCAGGCAGAACUGUUGGAAUCUAAAGACACCUGUGACGGGGUGCAGCUGGAGUAACACUGACAGUUGGAAGAUUAUCUACCCGAGAGUUAAGCUUUCAUUUCCGCUCCGUGACGACAACAACAACACAACUGCUGCGGAGGAGGAGGUUGAUUCUUGGUCGUAUUCAGUCGAACGGGAGAAUUUAACACUUUUUAAAUUGUUUUUUUAAAGGACGAUAAAAGUGUUUGAAAACUUAUGGCCUUCAGUGCAAGAAUCCAACGAAUUACAAUUUUUUAUUGUUCAUGUUCAUGUAGCAUUACUUGAAAUACCUAUCGAAAGUAUACAGAGAAUAACAGACAUCCUAAAUGAUCGGUUUCUCCAGGAUCUCCAGAUGCGUGUUAAUACCUAAGCUGUUUUAAAUAAAUGGCUCCAGCUUGUUUACAUGUCAAUGCAG